AACCACUGAAGAGCAGUAUCAUAUAUCUUAAUCCUGGUCAGACAGUCCAGGAGGCUUCUAUGGCUGAUGUCAAAAGCUGCAGAGAGAUCCAGGAGAAUCAUCAAAGUAAUAUUCCCCCUGUCUAUCGCCUAGUAUUCGUUAUCCACCAGGUGACCAAGGAUUUCAGUAAUCCCUAGCAUUUGCUGAUGAAGCAAUACUUGAGAAGUCUGCAUCACAUUUCUUGGAGGAAAUUCAGACAAUUAUUUUUUGUGGAUACAAUCCCUAUUAGUCAGUUUACAUGUGCAGGUCAUUGCGUUACUGUGUUAGCCACUGUCUCUAUGCAGCAAUGACAAGACUGGAAGAAGCCAACCGAGAAGUAAACAUGCAUUCAUCUGUCCGGUACCUGGGCUAUUUAGCCAGAAUUAAUUUAUUAGUUGCAAUAUGUAUGGGCCUUUAUGUCAGGUGGGAGAAGACUGCAGAUGCAUUAAUACUUGUAAUCUUUAUUCUGGGCCUUUUUGUUCUUGGAAUUGCUAGUAUACUUUACUACUAUUUUUCAAUGGAAGCAGCAAGUUUAAGUCUCUCUAACCUCUGGUUUGGAUUUUUACUUGGCCUUCUCUGUUUUCUGGACAAUAAUGCUUUUAAAAAUGAUGUGAAAGAAGAAGCAACCAAAUAUCUGCUGCUUUCCUCAAUAAUUAUAAGAAUAUUAUAUGCUUUGGUGCAAAGGAUAUGCGGCUGUGUUCAUUAUCGACCCACUUUGCUGACAUCAGUUGAAUUUCUCGAGCUGGUUGGAUUUGCAAUCGCUAGCACAACUAUGCUGGUAGAGAAGUCCAUGAGUAUUAUCUUGUUGGUUUUGGCUUUGGCAAUGCUGAUUAUUGAUUUGCGGAUGAAAUCUUUCCUGGCAAUUCCAAAUUUGGUAAUCUUUGGAGUCCUUGCCUCUUUAUUAUUUUUUCCAUCCUUACUUAUAUCGGCAAAUCCAUUCGCCUUGGGAUGUUUUUUUAGCUGUCUAAUAACAGACCCUCUUCUUGACGUUUACUUCAGUGGACUUUCAGUUACAGAACGUUGGAAACCCUAUCUCUAUCGUGGUAGAGUGUGCCGAAGGUUUUCAGUCAUCUUCGUUGGGCUUAUUGAACUUAUUUCUUUCAUUUUAUCAGCCUUUAAACUAGGUGAUUUGGAUCUCUGGUAUUUUGUGAUACCAGGUUUUUCCAUUUUUGGCAUUUUCUGGAUAGUCUGCCAUGUAAUUUUUCUCAUAACUCUCUGGGGAUUUCAUACAAAAUUAAAUGACUGUCACAAAAUCUAUUAUACACAUAGGGCAGAGAACAACAGCCUUGAUAGAGUUAUGGCAUCUAAAGGAAUGCGUCAUUUUUGUUUAAUUUCAGAGCAACUUGUUUUUUUCAGCCUUCUUGCAACAGCAGUUUUAGGUGCUGUAUGUUGGCAGAAAUCCAAUGGAAUUUUCAUGAGUGUGUUUCUGAUUGUCUUGCCUCUUGAAUCCAUGGCUCAUGGGUUAUUUCAUGAACUUGGAAACUGUUUGGGAGGAACAUGUGUUGGCUAUGCAGUUGUGAUUCCUACCAAUUUCUGCAGUCCUGAUGGCCAACCAACGUUGCUUCCACCUGAACAUGUACAAGAACUAAAUUUGAGAUCAACAGGCAUGCUCAAUGCCAUCCAAAGGUUCUUUGCGUAUCAUAUGAUUGAGACUUAUGGCUGUGACUAUUCCACAAGUGGGCUUUCUUUUGAUACACUCCAUUCUAAACUGAAAUCUUUUCUUGAACUUCGGACACCUGAUGGGCCCAGGCAUGAUACCUAUGUGUUAUAUUACAGUGGCCAUUCUCACAGUUCUGGGGAAUGGGCACUUGCAGGUGGUGAUGCCUUAAGGCUUGACACACUUCUAGAAUGGUGGAGAGAAAAGAAUGGCACUUUCUGUUCACGGCUUAUUAUAGUGUUAGACUGUGAGAAUUCUCUACCUUGGGUUAAAGAAGUAAGAAAAGUCAGUGACCAGUACAUUGCAGUUCAAGGAGCAGAAUUGGCCAAAGUGGUAGAUCCAGAAGAAUCAGACCCUCCCCACCUUGGUGAUUUUACUAGAGAAUGGGUUGAAUACAACUGUAACCCUGACAGUGAUAUCAGCUGGUUUGAAAAGGGGCGUACAGUGAAAGCUGCAUAUGGAGUGUCAAAACGGUGGAGCGACUAUACUUUACAUUUGCCAUCUGAAAGUGAUGUUGCCAAACACUGGAUGAUGUAUUUCCCUCGCAUCACGUACCCACUGGUUCAUCUGGCAAACUGGUUCUGUGGUCUCAAUCUCUUCUGGGUCUGCAAAGCUUGCUUUAGGUGUUUGAAAAGAUUAAAAAUGAGUUGGUUUCUUCCCACAGUAUUGGACACAGGACAAGGCUUCAAACUCGUCAGAUCAUAAUGAAGAACCAAAGAUGAGCAGACGUGAAAGCUCUUAGAACUUGAAAACUUGACUGACUCGUAACUUUUCAAAAUUUGUAACAGUUUACUGUUUGAAGAUACAUUGCUACUUUUGUAGCAAUAUUCGCUUUGCUCACUAUCCUGAACAAUUAUAAUACCAGCUAAGGGUAAGAGACUCCAUUAGAAAACAAGAACAGCAUCGGUGUUAAUUAAAAUAUGUUCCUGAGUUGGAUCUCAAUUUCAUAAAAGCCAUUAAAUAUGAUGACAUAGUGUAGUUGAGAGACAGAUUUGUGUGCUCAUUUGCAUUGGAGAUAUCUGAUCCAAAUUGCCCCAAUUCCCUUGCUUUUUAUUGUUGGAUUCCUGUUAUGUUUUGAGCCUUUCACGUUGCAGUUAUACCCACCUCAGUCAUAUAUGAAAAGAAAAGAGGCUUUUUACAGUCUACUUAUUUCCAAGUAUAUUUAGGAUUGUACCCAGUGUUUCAUCUUGGAAAUGACAGUAAAUACCUGGUACUAGUUUCAGAGUAACUUACAGCCUUAAUUAAAAAUCAAACACAGGCAGGCUCUUGAAUUCAAAUUGGUUAAUUGACUUGGUAUUAAAUGAAUGUUGUCAUUUUCACUUGCUGUUGGGUGGUAGCAACAUGCUGAAUUGUAUUUCUUUCCCCAAACUGUAGCAAGUUAUCUUAAUUGCAAGGGAAUAAAGGGAGUUUAAUUUGUGGGAGUAAAGAUUUGCUCUUGUCUCCUUAGGCUUCAGUAUCUGGCCUUAAUCCAUUUAAUUACAAAGCUGGAGGAGUGGUAUGGGGGGCGCUAAAAAUCUAAACUAGAGCAUGGGUUUAAAAAUGUACCCAUGUAAAUUAGAGGUUUUAUAAUUACUGUAACUGUCUUUCAUUUUUUCCAACUGUUGGAGUUCUAAUCCAACAAAAUCUAAUCAUAAAAAUAUAUCAUAAAAGAAAGUAAAUAUUCAUACACUAAUAGUUUUAAACUAAUUAUUGUAAACUAGCAUUCCCCACUCCCAAUUUAAUUUCUUUUACUGUGGAAAUUUAAUUGGUAACUUUGUCUAUAUCUCACCUAUCUUGCAAAUUGUAUUGAAGCACAACCUAACGCAAACAUAGGGCUGUAUCGAAUGCUAUUCUACUUGGAGUCGACCCAUUUAAAUGAAUUAGGCUUAAGGUAGACUAACAUUGGAGCAAUCCAUAUAUACCAAGGCAUGGAUGGUGGCGGUUACUUAUAAACAUAACAGUGCACAGCUAAGUUCUUGUAAUAACUUCUUUAAAAUGAAAAACUUUUUUAUAACUAUUUUUUACCUGUGUUUUGCCUUUGAACUCUUCUUUCAAAGAAGACACUGUAAGAUAAGCAUUCAUUAUUUGAUUAACUAAGGGUCCAAUCCUAUGACCCCUAGACUUUGUCUGAGGCGACUUAGGAUAUAGGCAUUUGCAUAGACAGAGCUAAGACCUUGGAGGUGAAAAUCCUUCCUUGGAUCUCUGCCGCCUCCCCGCUCCCAGCCCACAUGGAAAGCUCCAUGGCGGCUCCACUUCCAAGGGAAAGAAAUAAUAAAUUCAGUGCUACAACCUUGGACAGGGAGAAGAAAAGGUGGGAGGGGAGGGAGGGAGGGAGGAGAGGCCAGAUACUCUCUAUCCUGUGACGUCUCCAGACCUGUCCCUGCCAACAUGACUGCAGUGGCCCAUCUAGUGGUAAUAUUUUUAAAGGACAGAGAGAUGAAAAUCACCUCUUGUUGCUCUUCCAACCCUGCCAGCAGCAGCCAGGCAGGGGAUAGGAAUCUUGGAAGCUUCCAAGAUCAGAGGCUUCUGUCUAAUAGACCCUAAGAGCAGUACUCAUACCCAUUCGAAUUGCUAUGAGUUAUAGAAUUUUUGUUUUAAAUGUCCAUUUAGCAGUAAUGGUGCAGCUGAAACGUCAUUAAUGGUAGCUUCAUGAGCAGCUUUUUCUCUCCAAGAAAUCACAUUUUACAGAUUCAGAAAUGUUUUGGUGAUAAUUUAUUCUCUUGUAUAGCCAAUCCCCAUCAACAGUAAUGCUUUUCAGGGAUUUAAUGGCCCUAAACUAGCAAUUUGCACACAGGGAUGCUCAGACGUGCAGAUGAAAUUAGUGAUAAGUUGUGCAAUACAUAGACAAUCGCAAAUCAGGCCCUCCAAGAUUAUUAAAUUCAGGUGAAAGUCUGAUCAAAAGUUAGGAGUGGUAUUCCAGAAUAAGUUGUGUGCACACUUGACUAAGUGAUGCCAGAAUUUGAGCCCAUCCAAGGUGCUAUGAAAAACAGUGUAAUGGCUUAUCAGCAUGUGAUGAUUGUUAGGCAUGUAACUAGGCCCAAAUGUGAUCAACAGGAGUAUUCCUGCCCUACUCUGAUGAAAUGGGAGACUUGAAAAUAUUGUUGAGAUUCUGGUGCAGGGUUAGCCGAGAUGUUAUCUUUGAUUCCAAGUUAAUAACUUUCAAGGGCCUUCAUAAUAACACUAUAAUGUGGAGUGGGGAAAAAGAAUUUAAAAUGAUUUUCUGACACAUAGCAUCUUGUACAUUUCAUUUUUAACAUUGUUUUAGAAUGAAGUGUUUUUGUGCAGAGGUUAUCUUGGCUCUUUACAUUUAAUUUGUCCUCUUUUUUAUACUCCUCUUUUCCUAUAAUGUGCAAGCACUGAUGUCUCCAAAUAGUUUGCAUCUAAUUGGAAAGCAGAUAAGCGAUCUCUGCAAAAGGGGUAAGCUAUUUCCUCCCUUUUACAAUUGCACUUUCAUGUUCUCGGGAUUUUUUAGCGGUAUUUUGAAGCCUUUUCUCAGCAUUGAAAAGUGAACAUUUCUGUUGGAUACAUUGUGCUUCUUUGGGGGUUGUAAAAUGCUAAACUAAUUAACGGUGAGCUAAACCUGUGUGUUUAAAAGGUAUAUUGCCAGCAUUGGAUAAUACUAUUAUUGAAAGAAUUACUUCUUACCAUUCAGAGAUUUUUUAUUGAAUUUGUUCUAUAAAAGUAUUAUUUAAAUA